AUGUUGAGGUUAAGCAAGCAGAAAGUGAUACUGCAACUGAUCGGCAUAAUCGUGGAUCCGCUACAAAUAUUCUGGGUACUGACGAACAGUACUUAUUUAGUUACUAAAUUCAUCAAAACAGGGGUUGCCGACAAGAACGACUACCCACUCUUUUUCGAGAAGGUCAUCUAUGAGGUGGACAUCGACGAAAAUGUGGAAAUCAAUCACAACUUUCUCAACGUCAGCACAAAAACGCACGGUGAAGCGUCCGAUGUACGAUACAAGAUCUCGAGCGGUAACAUAGGCAAUGUGUUUGCCAUACACAACACAACUGGUGCCCUGUACGUAGCCAAGGCGUUGGAUUAUGAGAAAAUAAAAAAGUAUGAGCUACGGUUGACGGCAUUGGAUAAUUUUAAGGAGAACUACACCACCGUUCUGAUCAACGUAUGCGAUGUAAAUGACAAUCCGCCGGUAUUUGAUAAAUCGUCAUAUCGCACACAAAUCACCGAGGAGGACGAUCGAGGACUGCCGAAGCGUGUGCUGCGGGUUACCGCCUCGGAUGCUGACGUGGAGCGGCCGAACAACAUCAUCUACUUCCUGACCGGGCCCGGUAUUGACAUCGAAAAUUCCUCCGACAGCAACUUUGACAUCAACAAGGCCACGGGGGAAAUAUUUGUACUUAAGCCCCUUAACCGAGAUCCACCACACGGACGAGCGUCUUGGAAGUUUACCGUCUUUGCGCAGGACGAAGGGGGCGAGGGUUUGGUGGGCUUUACGGAGGUGCAGAUCAACCUGAACGACGUCAACGACAAUGCGCCCCAGUUCCCGAACGGGAUUGCGUAUGGAAACGUGACGGAAAAUGGCCCCAUCGGCAUGUACGUGAUGACAAUAAAGGCCAAAGACUAUGACGAUAUCGACGAAGGCACUAACGCGAAGAUCAUUUACUCGAUCGAGAAGAACGCGAUCCAAGAGGAUACUGGUUUGCCGAUCUUCGACAUCAACCCGGACACGGGACUCAUCACGACAGCGGUAUGCUGUCUCGAUCGGGAGAAGACGCCCGACUACUCGCUGCAGAUAGUGGCCACCGAUGGCGGAGGUUUGAAAGGUACGGGGACAGCUUCCAUCAAGGUGAAGGAUCUGAAUGAUAUGCCGCCUCGGUUCACCAAGGACGAGUGGUUCGUCGAGGUGGAGGAAACCGAUGGAAGCGUGCUGCCCGAGGCACCGAUACUGACCGUGACGGUGAAUGACGAUGAUGAGAUAAACAAUUUCCAGUAUAAAAUCAUUGAAAGCAGCGGUUACGGGACGGAUAAGUUUGCGAUGGUAAAGAACGCGGACGGUACGGGAAGUUUGAAGGUGGUCCAGCCGCUAGACUACGAGGAUCCGAUGCAGAUAAAUGGCUUCCGCUUUCGGAUACAGGUGAUCGAUAACGAUGAGAUUGACGAGAGCGACAAAUACCACGUUGACCAUUCGUGGGUGAUUGUUAAGUUGAAGGAUAUUAACGAUAAUACGCCUCGCUUCAAGAAACCGCACAUCGAGGCGGUUGUGUACGAAAAUGCGGACGUGGGGAAAAACUUGGGUACCUUCAAGGCGGAAGACAUUGACAAGGGCGGUAAGAGCAAAAUUACCUACAGCAUUAACCGUGCUACAGACCGGAAGCGCCAGUUUGCCAUCGACCAGGAAGGUACAGUGACGAUCCACCGUGAACUGGAUCGGGAAGCGAUGGCGAAACACUCACUUGAAAUUCUGGCCACCGAUGACGGUGUACCGCCGCGCACGGCCUCCGCCAUCUUGACUGUGCUGGUGAAGGACAUCAACGAUAAUGCGCCGGUAUUCGCGGAAGAUUAUCGGCCCAUUCUGCUCGAAAACUCACCGCCUUCGAAGAUUAUCGAAAUCUCCGCCGUCGAUAAAGAUGACCGACUAGAGGGCAAUGGGGCACCGUUCCAGUUCCGCAUGGACCCGGACGCAGACGAUGUGAUUCGGACGUCAUUCAAGGUGGAGCAGAGUAACAAGGGUGACGGUAUGGCGAUCAUUUCAUCGCUCGGCUCAUUCGAUCGCGAAUACCGCAAGCAGUACACCAUUCCGAUCGUUAUCAAGGACUCGGGCACGCCACCGCUAACCGGCACCAGCACGCUGACGAUCACGAUCGGUGAUCUGAACGAUAACAUCAUGCAGCCCGGCUCCAAGGAGGUGAUCGUGUACAACUACCAAGGCCAGGCGCCAGACACACCAAUCGGGCGUGUGUUCGUUAACGAUCUCGACGAUUGGGACACCUCAGACAAGCUGUUCUAUUGGGAUGAGGCCGAGAAUCCACGCUUCAAGCUGCACGACACAUCCGGCAUGGUGACGAUGCGGCGCGGUGCUCGCGAGGGACGCUACAGGCUGCGCUUCAAGAUCUACGACCGCAAGCACGCGCAGGAAUCGUACGCCAACAUGUCGGUGGUGGUGAAGCACAUCUCCUACGAGGCGAUCGUCAACUCCGGCUCGAUCCGGCUGACCGGCAUUACGGAUGAGGACUUUAUACGCAUCUGGAACUAUCGCACCCAGAACAUCUUCCGCAGCAAGCUGGAGCGGUUCCGGGACAAGCUGGCGGAGCUGUUGAACGUGGACGUGAAGAAUGUGGACGUGUUCAGUGUGCAGAUGAAGGAUCGGUCGGUGCCGCUAAUCGAUGUGCGGUUCGCCGUGCAUGGCGCGUACUUCUACAAGGCGGUGCAGCUGAACGGCGUGAUACUGCUGCACAAGGAGGACAUCGAGCAGGAAGUGGGCAUCAACAUCACUAUGGUAAACGUGGACGAGUGUCUGGAGAAUGCGGACUGUGCCGGGUCGUGCACCAGCAUCAUCGAGGUCCAGACGAACCCCUGCCUAGUGAAUGCGAACAAAACCGCCCUGGUUGGGGUUCAGAUCAACUCCACGGCGGAGUGUGUAUGCAGCUCGCGAGAGUACAAGCAGCAGCAGACCUGCAAAUCCCAUCCCUGUCUGAACGGUGGUCGCUGCACCGAUUCCAAGUCGGGUAUCAAGUGCUCGUGUCCACCAGGCUACACGGGGCCCCGCUGUCAGCAGGUCGUACGUAGCUUCCGUGGCAGUGGCUGGGCCUGGUACCCACCGCUCGACAUGUGCGAAAAGUCGCAUAUUAGCGUCGAGAUCAUCACAACGAAGCCGGAUGGUUUAAUUUUCUACAACGGACCUAUCACACCACCGAAGGAAGACGACACGUCCAAGCAGCUGUCCGACUUUAUUGCACUCGAGCUGGAGCAGGGUUAUCCUCGAUUCCUCAUUGACUACGGCUCGGGUACGCUAGAGUUACGCAUCGCGACCAAACAUCCGCUCAACGAUGGCGAAUGGCACCGGAUUGAUCUGUUCUGGGACACUGAGCAGGUGAAGAUGGUGGUCGAUUUCUGCAAGACGGCAGAAAUCACCGAAGCCGAAGACGGCAACCUGGUCGAGUUUGUCGACCACACCUGCCAGGCGCUGGGCAAGGUGCCGCAGUUCAACGAAUAUCUGAAUCUCAACACGCCGCUCCAGAUAGGCGGAGUGUUUAGGGACAAGUUUGACUACACGUACAGUCGCUGGCAGUACAUGCCGGUGGGGGUCGGUUUCGAAGGGUGCAUUCGCGAGUUUAAGCACAACGGAAUUCUGUACGACCUGUCCCACCCGGGACUGUCUAAGGGUAGUGCGCCCGGUUGUUUGUACACGCGGGAGGUGUGUGAUCUGAAUCCACAGGUCGCCCGGUGUCUCGAGCACGGCAAGUGUGUCGGUAGCUAUGUCGAGGCCAAGUGUGAAUGCAAUCCCGGUUGGACGGGCACGUACUGCAGCUUGCCGACCACUCCAAUCACGUUCAAGACGCACAGUUACGUUAAGUACGCGCUCAGCUUCGAGCCGGAUAAGUUCACGACACAGAUUCAGCUGCGGUUCCGCACGCGCGAAACGUAUGGCGAGCUGUUCCGCAUCAGCGAUCAGCAUAUGCGCGAGUACGGCAUUAUUGAGCUGAAGGACGCCAAGGUGUACUUCCGGUACAGCUUAAACACGGGCCAAGUGGAGGAGCAGGAGGUAGCGUUGACUGCGGUCGAGGUGGACGACGGACAGUGGCACGUGGUGAAGGUGCAAAGGUAUGGCUCAGCGGCCAUCCUGGAGUUGGACGGGGGUGAGGGUGCCAACUUCAACCAGAGCUUCUCGUUCGAAGGACAUCAGUGGCUUUCGGUGGACAAACAGGAGGGUGUGUAUGCGGGUGGCAAGCCAGAGUUCACUGGCUACAAGACGUACGAUGUCAAAUCGGACUAUCAGAAGAGUUGCAUCGACGAUAUAAGAUUGGACGGUAAAAGCUUGCCACUUCCGCCAGCCACCAACGGUACCCAGUGGGGUCAGGCCACGAUGGCGAAGAACAUCGACCGCUACUGUUCGUCCAACAAUCCUUGCCAGAACGCGUACUGUCCAGAUCCGUUCGAGUGUGUCGACCUGUGGAACAAGUAAGAGUGCGCUUGUGGUGUUGGUAUGACUAUCUCACCGGAAGGCAAAACCUGCAUCGAUCGGAACGCGUGUCUGGACUAUCCUUGUCUGAAUGGAGGCACAUGCAUCAACCAGGAGCCGCGCCUGAAGUACAAGUGCAUCUGUCCAGACUCGUACUGGGGCGCGAGUUGUGAGUUUCUGAAGGAACGACAAGCGAUUAAAAUCAGCACCAGUGCCUUGGCCGCCGUUAUAGCCUGCCUAUUACUGAUCAUUAUUUUGCUGUUUGUUUAUUUUUCCUGCUCCCGGCGUCGUUCGGCUAACUUCAACAAGAAGCCGGCCACCAAGGACGACAUCCGCGAAAACAUCAUCAACUACUGCGACGAAGGUGGUGGCGAGAACGACAUGACAGCGGUUGACAUGAAGACACUCAAGAUCCCGAUUGGUCCGCUGCCAGAGCUCGUUCAACAUAAGGCACCGCCAGUACGUCCAGAUAUUGCCGUCGUUUCCGACCAGGUCGUCGGCAAGGUGGACGUGUUCCUGGAAGACCGGAAGCGACGCGUCGACAUCGACUCAGCCUCCGGGCCAUUCGACGAUCUGCGUAACUACGCCUACGAAGGUUGUGGGAGUACCUCUGGCUCGCUAAGUUCCUUACAGUCAGGUACGGACGAUGAAGCCCAUGAGUUUAGCUUUUUAACCACAUGUGGUCCCCGUUUCGAUAAAUUAUUCAAUAUUUACGAACCAAGCAAACUGCAGAUCAAAGAUGAAGAUGUUAGUUAAGGGUAACUGAAGCUGUUGCAGGUGUUGUAGGUCUUUUGUUGCCGAGAUCAACGUUUGUGCACAUUCGUUUAGUUUAUCAUGACAUACCGUCAGACGAAGCUGAACGAUGCGCACGGACUUGUAGAUAAAUCAUUGGUUUAAAAACCUUCAACCAUCCCAAGAACAUAAAAAAAACAAAUUCGUCGUAUAAGACAUACAAUUUAGGGGUUUUAUCGCCGGUGUGUGAGCUAACCGGAAGAUAUUCUUUGUAAAAAGGUCACUAAAAUCCAUAAACUCAUAGAAAUCCCCGAUUACGAUGUGGCCACAGUCGUUCGAGCCAAAACGGGACUAAAACACUGUUUUUCAGCAGUGCAUCAGUUCGCAAGAAGUGAAGAAGUUGCGAAAAUGGAAGUAUAUUGGAGCAGAUGCAAUUUAAAUCGAUUCUAUUUACUUCCAAUAAAUGGUACCGUGAAGCUACAAACAGCCAAACGGUGCAACACACAGAGUUGGAUAGCUCAGAAAACGAGAGCAUCAUAUGCUCGCUAUGAUUGCGUAAGGAAAAGCGCAUCACUGUAACAAUUUCGGUUAUGAUAGGCCAGUAUACUGUAAAUAAUGGAUGUAAAAUCAAAUCUACAACCUACACGUUGCGUACAGACAUGUAACAGUUUAGUGGGAUGGGAGACACUGUAAAAACACUGGACAGAAUGGAAAAAACGAGCAAAAAGCAAUGUCCCAGGGCAGAAAAUGACACAAGAACGGGGUUAUUAGCUAAUGUGGUCAAAAUAUUAAACAAAUUUUCAUUUUUAUGAAAAUAACUAAUGUACAUGAGUACACUAAUAAUGUACACGUGUUCCUUCGAAAGCCUCACGGAGCGAGUGAAACGAUAUUGCCAUGUUGGUAAAAGCAUCGCCAACGUUAUAGAUGGACGAUGAUCCUGUGAAAGGAAACCCAUGCAGUAACUGGUAGAAGUAGCCCAUCCAUAAAAUCGUUAACGUUGUUUCCGGUGAGUGAGAGAGGAAUACUCUGCUCAAUAGAAUUCUCUAUUGGUCUCAAGAAACCUUGACAAGGUAAAAUUUCGUACUCUUCAUUAUUUUUCAUCCGUAUGAUGAACUUGUCACUAAUAGGAAAACUCCAAAUAGGAAAAAUCACAAAACAAAAUCCCAAGAAAAUCAAAACAGAAACAAAUAAUCAAACGAACCAACAAGCGCACAACAACCUAACCUGCAAGUGGACGGCAAUUGGACAAAAUUUACGAACAAAACUUGAAAAACUCAAUCAAAAAUUGUGACGAAAGAAACAAAAGCCGGAGACCGGUACAAAGCAGAUAACAAAGAUUACAAAGCAAACACGUGCUCACCAGCCUCCCAAACUACCAGACAACCUACUUGUUUGACCGGAAUAAAAACUUUUAUGCACGAAUGAAAGCAAAGACUACAAGUCCACCCGCACAAGCUUAUAACAAGAAAGCGUAGUUCGGUCAAACUUCGAUAGGACAUGGGUCGAUUUUGUUUCUUUAUAUUUUUCAAACUUGCUUUAAGAAUGAAUAAAGCCACAUAAUGCUUAAUUCUAAAAUGCCACAUAUUGGUCGAUUUGAAGUCGAUGGUUUGGUUUUCGAAUGAAACGUCCUUUAAAAUAUUCUCCUCUGUUUAUUGAGAAACCUUACAACUAGGAAAUUCAUUGUGUUUUGCACAACAGCUUAAUUACACCCAUCUUUUCUCGGAAGGAUCAAUGGAAAUAGCUCCAUUUUACUGUAAGAUAAAUGAAGCCACUCACUUGUGCAGGGUAAUGAGUAAUUUGUGUUUUCAAUCAAUUACGAUGAGUAUUUCUAACACUUUAAACGAUGAUCCAGUAAAUCAACUGCACGAUAAGGAUGAUACUGAUGAACAAGGGGCGGAAGGAGGAGCAGGGAAUUUUAAAAGUUGAUCAAAAGAACAAAUUUGAGAAUUGUUCGAACGUGCUGCACGACACAACUUCAAUCGUUGCAAUGAGUGAACGUUAGUGAAGUGCAAUUUGUAGCAUUUUCCUUUCACUCAGCAAUCCUAAGAGUCUCCAAGGCGAAAAUGUAUCCAGACUUUGCAGUGAAGUUUCGUUGAACAAAUAGCACACUGAAAAGAUGGUUGAUAAUGUUUGGUACGCCAAUAAAAUGACUUCCUAUCGAUAUCGAUUUCUUUCAUCUAUGUUCUGUUUGAGCAUGCAUUUACAUAUUUUAUAAGAUUAUUGGACACACAAGGUACCGCCGCAGUACGCUUCAAGGAUCAGUCGUGUUUACUUUAUUGAUUUACAAUACAUUUGAGGUGGUAUGUUGGUUAGAACGAGUAGUAGGUUUAUACAGCUUCUUGCAUAUUGUUUUUGGGGUGUGGCAACUUUGACUAUCGAAAGAUUAACGAAUUGUUGAUUUUCAAGUUGUUAUGCAUCAUUCAUCCAGCAAUGGUUUCAAUUUUUUUGAACGGCGAACGAGGUUGUAGUAAGAGAAAUAAUGAAACGUAAACGACUCGUAGCGUUGAUAAAAAAGGGAACCAUCCCAAACAAUUUGACGAUGCUUGAUCGAAGCGCAAAUACAGUUAAUUCGUCUAAUUGUGUAUGUGUGUGUGUAUGUAAACGAGAUGACAGGAAUUCUAACGUAACAUACCAAAAAUAAACGGUAAUUUUAUUCCCCCUCCCCCCUCUCCCACCAAAAACGAACACAAAAAUAAAUCAAAAAGCCAACUACACUAACAUACUCCAAUGGUAAUUAGACAAACGAUAAGAGGUGCAUUUUCGAUCGAUCAUCGCUUGAAUAAUGGAUAAAAAAAUGAACAAACGAGUAAAUUCUAAAGCACGGUAGUACAUAAGAACAAUUUGGUGGCGUGUGGAUAAAACAGAGUCCAAAAGAAAGCUAAAUUUUACAACAGGCCAUAAACGAACUAUAGAAGAACCAUAAAAUGAUAUACAGAGAAAAUAAAAGUUACAGAAGACAACCAAAACUUACCAACUGAACAAGUCAUUUAAAACACUGCGUGAUUUUUUAUUGGAAGGAAAAAGACGCACUCUAAACUAAGAAUUGGUUUGUGAGCCAUGUUUUGAUUAGAAGUUUUUUAUACAUAUUGUGGUACAAGUGGUACAGGGACAGACAAAAAGAUUAAAAAACAAAAACUCA